GGUAAAACAGUUAUAUUAUCACAUUAACAGUGGACGUUUUACCCACACAGCACGGUAACGCAUCAACCCAGACAUAAUACACUCGUCCGCCUUCUGUUACGGCGCGUGUAACGUUCAAGUGUCAUUUUGCGGUGCAAAUCUUGGAGGGAUUAAAAAAAACCUUGAUGACCUUUGCAACCUGAAAGAACUUGUAUCCGAAGGUCCUGGGAUUGUAUGCAGUUCAAACACUUAAGCAUGUGGCCCAUGGGUGCCACAGUCAAGCGACUUCAAAGGAUUUUUUCUCCCAUGGCAUUUUAACAAAGGAACAAAGUAUCGAAAGUAUCCAAAAAACCUUUGGAUCACAAGGCCUUUAAUUCAAGGAUAAUCAUAAAUGUGUGGGCCUGUACAGGGAUGUUUUCUUUAAAACCCUCCUCGGCUAUCUGUGUCUCUUUUUUCCUGAAUAAGUAACCUGACAAGAGAGACUCCCAUGAGCAACUCUGCAGGAGGCCCGAUAACGUCGACAUGAGUAGUACUUUAGGCAAAGAAAAAGAUUCGAAAGAAAAGGACCCCAAAGGUGGUCCAGCGGGGAAAGAAAGGGAAAAGGAGGCCAAGGCUCUAGCCGGCUUAGUCAAGGAUGGUGGCAAAGAAUCGAAGACCAAAGGGAAAGAUGCCAAAGACGGAAAGAAGGACACCAGCAGCUCAACACCGGGUGUUGCCUUCUCUGUUGACAAUACGAUAAAGCGGCCAAACCCGGCACCAGGUACACGCAAGAAGUCCAGCAAUGCCGAGGUGAUCAAAGAGCUUAACAAGUGCCGGGAGGAGAACUCAAUGAGACUGGACCUGUCGAAACGGUCCAUUCACAUGCUGCCCACCUCUAUUAAGGAGUUGACGCAGCUGGCUGAACUCUACUUAUACAGCAACAAGCUGCAGAGCCUGCCGGCUGAGGUGGGCUGCCUAUCAGGCCUGGUCACUUUGGCCCUGAGCGAGAACUCCCUGACCAGUUUGCCUGACUCCCUGGACUCCCUUAAGAAGCUUCGAAUGCUCGACCUCCGGCACAACAAGCUCAGAGAGAUACCGGCUGUUGUCUACCGGCUGACGUCUCUGACCACGCUGUACCUGCGCUUCAACCGCAUCACAACAGUGGAGAAGGAUAUCCGAAACCUAUCCAAGCUCACCAUGCUCAGCAUUCGUGAGAACAAGAUUAAACAGCUGCCUGCAGAGAUAGGGGAGCUAUGCAACCUCAUAACUCUGGAUGUUGCCCACAACCAGUUGGAACACCUACCGAAGGAGAUUGGGAACUGCACACAGAUAACCAACCUUGACCUGCAGCACAAUGAGCUCUUGGACCUCCCAGAGACUAUAGGCAACCUAGCAAGCAUAAACCGCUUAGGUCUGCGAUACAAUAGAUUGUCAGCCAUCCCCAGGUCAUUAGCCAGAUGUCGAGAACUGGAGGAGCUAAACCUCGAAAACAACAACAUUUCGGUGUUGCCGGAGGGCCUGCUGUCAAGUUUGGUCAACCUGACCAGUCUAACACUGGCGAGGAACUGCUUCCAGUCGUACCCUGUGGGUGGACCAUCCCAGUUCUCCACCAUCUACUCCCUCAACAUGGAGCACAACCGCAUCAACAAGAUCCCCUUUGGUAUCUUCUCCAGGGCCAGAGUGUUAAGCAAGCUUAACAUGAAGGACAACCAGUUAACAUCUCUGCCGUUGGACUUUGGCACAUGGACGAGCAUGGUCGAGCUCAACCUGGCCACCAAUCAGCUGACAAAGAUCCCAGAGGACGUCUGUGGUUUAGUCUCUCUGGAGGUGUUAAUAUUGUCCAAUAAUCUUCUCAAGAAGUUACCACAUGGUAUUGGGAAUUUGAGAAAGCUACGGGAGCUCGACUUAGAGGAAAACAAGUUGGAAUCGCUACCUAAUGAAAUUGCGUAUCUUAAAGAUUUACAGAAAUUGGUGUUGACAAAUAAUCAGCUGACCACAUUACCCAGAGGCAUCGGCCACCUCACCAACCUGACGCAUCUCGGUUUGGGGGAGAACCUGCUGCAACACCUCCCAGAGGAGAUUGGUACACUGGAGAACUUGGAGGAACUGUACCUCAACGACAACCCCAACCUGCACAGCCUCCCGUUUGAGCUGGCCCUCUGCAGCAAGCUGUCCAUCAUGAGCAUCGAGAACUGUCCCCUCAGCCACCUGCCGCCGCAGAUUGUCGCAGGAGGCCCCUCUUUCAUCAUCCAGUUCCUCAAGAUGCAGGGACCAUACCGUGCCAUGGUCUGAGCCAAGAGCAGCUCGAUCCCAGUCCAACUAAACUCCAAACCCUCCACUUGCUCUGCACCCUCUCGCCUGCCCGCCCCCAUUACGUGUAUCAUACACUGUAACGAAAACAGACUCGCCACAAUCAGUGUCGGGGGCAAAUACAAGGAGGAGGAAGAAGAAGAAAAAUGCUUUCUUUCACCAUCCUUGGGCAGAAACACGGCGAAGCGUCGGAGACUUGACUUCUGUGUUACUCCAAAGUUUAUCACGGUCAUUUUAGGACCCCAGCCACCCCCGCUCAUGUUUCAUUCCGAAUCAUACAAGAGGAAAAAUAUUUCCAUCUCUUUGCCAAAACUGAAGAUAUAUAAAGUUAUAUAUAUUGAGUAACUGUGAGCUAAGUGGCAAGUCUUUUAACCAUAUAAACCGUGCUCCCAUUGCCAAUGUAUUUACAGUAAUUACAAGCAUCUAUUACGUGAGCAAGGAUACAAUUGUAUGCAAAAACAAACAAAAAAAGUCUUUGGAACUUCACAUUUACUGCUGCUGCCGUAAUGUUAACUUGUUAUAUUUUCUUUUGAUAUUCUUUUUUUUGUUUUGUUUUGUUUUUUUUUUUUGUUUUUGUAACAUCACCUUCGCUCAAGAUAACUUAUGUUAACGGCUUCUUGACCACAGAGAACAAAGGUCUAAUGAUGGCGUGUUUAUGAUUUCUUUUUUUUUUCUACCUUUUAUGUUUAUUUUUAAAAACUGUGCCUAUGUUUAGAGUGAUCCAGUGGGUUAUUUCUAAACACAAUUGUCCAUGAGAAUACAAAGAUAUAAAUUAUUUCAAUAAUUCUUUUUUUUUUAUUAUUACUGCUGUUUUUACUUUAGUUUUAUCUUUUUUUUUAGUGUUCCUUUUGCUGUUGCAUUAAUCUGUUAAAGCAAGCGAUAUCAGUUGUAAAAUAGGGUGAUUGGAGAUCUUUUUAACAAAUAGCAGCAGUAGUUGUUAAACAUUAAGCUAGUAAUGUAUACAUAUGAGAAAUGCCAAUCAUACACGCUUGAAAAAAAAAAAAAGCAAGGUGGACUUUUCUCCAUAACGGGCGGUGCUGUGACCCCCGUCUAUAUUGCUUUUGUGUGACAAAGAGGUAUUGAAAAAAGUCAAACCUUCACAGGUGAUGGGAUAAAUGAUGAGAUGUUUUUAUAUAUGUAUACAAAUCCUGGUUGUUGCCUUGAGUGCAAUUUUUAGUUAUGUUUACUGGUUUGAUAUUAUCUUCAGUGUUGGGCUGCAUAGCUGUCAUUCAAUUGAUCAUCGACCAACAUAUCAAGCAUUUUUUUUAAAAAAGACGUUAUCUGGGUCUGUGGAACAAGUGUAUGUGUAUCAGAGCUUCGACAAAGGGUUGAUAAUAAGAUAUUGACAGGUAACACUUCCUUUUUUUUGUUAAUAUCCUUAAUUUUUCUGUAGUUUUUUUUUUUUUGUUUUGUUUUGACGGUUUCCUAAGAAUCUUAAUUACAUGAUGGGAAAAUGUUCCCUUGAUUUACAUUCAUAAUUUAAUUUUUUUUUUUUAUAUAUCUUAUUUUGUCCCACACUGUCCCAGCAAUGCUGCUGCUCUUAUGCACUUUUUUAAGAAGACAUUGGCAUCCUCUAUAUUAAGAAAAAACACACAGUAGCCUCUCAUUGGUUAUUUUGAAUGGGGGCAUUUUGUUUCAUAAAGUAUUUUAUCUGUUAAACAAACUGUUUAUCAUGUGAAUUUGUAUCAAUUAAAUAUAAAUGUCGAGUUCUAUCAGACUCAGAAUAUACUAGUAACUUUCUUUGGGGAAGUUUUAUCCUGUCAAUCUUAAAAGGAACUUGCUCUCUGGAACUGUCAAAGGGUCUGUGUGGCUAUGAGAUGUUUUUAAGAUUCCCAUAUCCUGCUUUCUCCAUCGCAAGCGAAAUGGCUUACUGCAGUUCAGAUCAGCAUUGUUUAUUUUAAAUCAAUUUACACUGAUGUUUGCUUUUUUCUAAAUGAUGAAAUGUGUAUUCAGUUAGUAUUAUUUCAAGUGACUGUACAUUAAAAAUCCCAACAAAAGGUAAUCAAACCAAA